AUGGCUUUUUCACGAAAGGAUUGGUCACAUAAAUUAGAUAAUGCUCUUUGGGCAUAUAGGACAACUAUGAAGACUUCCAUGGGGUUAUCACCUUUUCAGAUGGUAUAUGGGAAAGCAUGUCACUUACCAGUGGAGACGGAACAUAAGGCUUUGUGGGAUUUGAAACUUUUAAAUUUUGAUUUUCAUGAAAUUCAAAGCAAGCGAAGAAAUCAAUUGUUAGAGCUUGAAGAGAUGUGGUUACAUGCAUAUGACUCAUCUAGGAGCUAUAAAGAGAAGGUGAAAUUUUAUCAUGACAGAAAGUUGAUAAAGAGAGUCUUCACUCCAGGACAACAGGUGCUAUUAUUUAAUUCACGGUUGAAGUUAUUUCCUGGAAAAUUGAAAUCAAAAUGGUCGGGACCUUUUGUGAUAAAGCGUGUGUUGCCGAAUGAAGCUGUGGAAUUAGAAACUCCAGAUAAUGAUGUUCAGCAGUGGAGUUGGGUGGUAAAUGGUCAGAGGCUCAAACAUUAUUUGGGAGGAGAGAUGGAGCAAUUCUCCACGAUAAUGAUGUUGGUGGAUCCAUGA